AUGGAGGCGCCCCUACCUUUAUUGCACAGACCACCACCACCGUCGGACCUCCCGUCCUGGGGCCUUAGGGCAAUCGCUGGGAGGGACUAUGAUUUUCAUCACAAAAGACAUAGAAGAAGCUUAUCAGAAAACAGGGUCAUCAUCACACAGCAUUUCACAGAGCGAACUGUUACGCCAGGGGGCGAUAUCAGCAUGCAGUGCGCAGCCACUGGUGACAGGCCACCGCAGUUUGUGUGGGAACGGGACGGCAUCGUCAUAUCCAGCAAUACUGAGCAUAGAUAUGCCUUAGGCCAAGUGAUGACGUCAGACAACGCGGUGGUCUCCCAACUGAACAUCACGAGGGUGCGGGUGGAAGAUGGGGGGUUGUACAGUUGCACAGCGAGGGAGGGGGAGCAUGCUGCUGUACAUGAGAACCGGCUGGAUGUUUAUGGUCCACCCUACAUCAGAUCUCUUCCCCCAAUCAAAAUACAAAGCGGAGAAUCUGUUAACUUGAGAUGCCCUUUUUAUGGCUAUCCCAUCAGUAAAAUCGACUGGGAAUACCAAGGCAAAACUUUGUCUACAAACACACUAUUUCAACGUUACCGGCGAUCUUUCAAAUAUAAAAUCCGAAGAGACGCCCCCUUGGUGAACUUAAAUGGAAUUUUGACAAUACCAGAGGUCAGUAAGGAGCAGAAUGGGGCAAUUUACACGUGUAUAGUCACAAGCCCAAGUGGAGAAAUGGCGAGGAGAGCAUUCGAGGUGCAGGUGAUAGAAGCGCCGGUGCUAGAAGAUUUGCUGUUAGGAAACAAUCUGCAGGAAGGACAGAUUGUCAAUAUUUACUGUAAUGUGCGCAGCGGUGAUCUGCCGAUACAUUUUGAAUGGCUGAAAGAUGGGAAAAGGAUACCGGGCAAUUUGAAGGUUGUAGAAAGAAGUUCAGAGUUAUUCAGUGCCUUGGUCAUCAAGAAAGUGUCUCUCGAACACUGCGGGACAUACACCUGCGUUGCCUCCAACCACGUCGCUAAGGUCAACCGGUCUACUGAGCUUUACAUCAAAGUUGCACCAAAAUGGCUGGAGGAACCAACGAACUCCUCUCUUCUUCUGGGCAGGAGAGGCGCUGUAUCCUGCAGCGCCAGCGGCUACCCUCAACCACAAGUGCACUGGAUGAAGAAGGAUGCGAUCCUCGGAACCUGGCAACCAGUUCUGGAACUAGCUGGCGGAGGGAUCCUCAGUCUCCCCAACGGGACCCUGGUCAUAGAAGAAGUAUCGCUCACAGACGAAGGCUUAUACUCGUGCAAUGUGGAGAAUGGAGUCGGCCAACCGCUCAGCAAGACUGUAUGGAUGAGUGUGAAUAAGCCUGUCCACUUCGAGUCGUCAUCGACUAACGUGACCUCACGCCUCGGCCAUCCAGUCUCGCUCGAGUGUCGACCAUUAGGAGAUGACCCCAUCAGAGUCACCUGGACUCACGAUGGUAACCCUAUGGAUUAUCAGAGUCAAAGAAUAAAACUAUCAGAAUCAAAGACCUCUCUAGGGCUGGCAAGCACAGUCAACUUCCAGUACUCUGAGACAGGAGACGCAGGGUUGUACCAAUGCAGAGCGAGCAAUCCUUAUGGGGCAGCUGUUUUCAAUGUUCAUCUGACUAUAUUGGAACCUCCCACACCUCCAUCGGAUCUCCGCAUCGAGUCGGUCCGCUCCCGCUCCGCUACGGUCUCCUGGCGCGACACGCUCCGUGCGCACGCGCGCCACUACACACUUCAAUACAUCGUGACCCAGUACACGGAUAGCGCCUGGGAUCAUGCUACCAGCCUUAAUAUCACCAGAAAAGAAUCCGACAUUCGUCAGUCUCUAGAACUUCAAAAUCUCAGACCAGCCACUGCUUACGGAGUCCGAGUGGCUACUGGAAACCAAGUUGGAACCAGCCUCUUUACUGCACCAAUACACUUCACUACACACGAAGAAGCACCAUCAUCACCGCCAAUCAACGUCCAAGUAGAGCAGACAGAGAAUCCUGGAGAACUGUACGUCUCAUGGCUGCCACCAUUGAAAGAGUCACAUAAUGGCGUGAUUUUGGGGUAUCAUGUCAGAGCCAUACCUCAGAAUAGUGGGACAGAUGAUGCAGACACAAGAACUAUAAAAGUAUCGCAACAAGCUGGAAAACAAGAAGCAUUAUUAAGUGGACUUUACAAGAAUACGCGAUACGCCGUAUCAGUAUCAGCAUUCACAAAUGCUGGAUCAGGACCAUUUUCGUUGCCAAUACCUCAAGAUACUAGAGAAGGAGCACCGGAACAUGCACCAUCAUCAGUGGAAUGUACAGCGGUGUCAUCAACGUCUCUGCGAGUUGGCUGGCAGCCGAUCACGCAGUCAGGACAGGGCACCUCGCUUAUUGGCUACUCCGUACUAUUUGCUACUGAAGAUGGUACCUGGCAAAACCAAACGUCCUUACAUACAGAAUUCUACCUCCAAAGUCUGAUGAAGUUCACCAAUUACACUGUGAAGGUGGCUGGCUUCUCCAACUACGGAGCAGGGCCGUACUCCUAUCCUAUCGUUUGCGCUACGUUACAGGAUGUGCCCGGGCCCCCUUCAGACAUAAAGGUGCUGGUGCUGUCUUCAACGUCGCUGCUCGCAAGCUGGAAGAAGCCUGAUCAUCCGAAUGGAGAACUGCUUUAUUACACUGUUUAUGUCAAACCAACUUCUAGCAAUGGUCCGCCACAGACGCACCGGGCCGAAGCAGAGGGUCGAACUACGGCCGAACUGAAGGGACUUACCACCGGCCGGACUUACGAGGUGUGGGCCACUGCCAGCACGAGAGCUGGGGAAGGAAUGGCCACGAGAAGAGUGUCCCAUACGCCUACUCAUAGAGUGGUGGCCGGCGUAGCGUCUCUCGGAGGGACCAUAUCAGUAGGAGUGGGUAGUUCCCUGCUGCUAGUCUGCCAGUGCGUGGGGAUACCUCCGCCUAGGACGGUGUGGUACCACAAGCAGAACAUCAUCACGCAUCAUCCCAGGUUCACGAGGAAUCAUGAUGAUAGCUUACUUAUCAAUAAUAUAGACCAAUCCUUGAGCGGCAACUACACCUGCCUAGCCAAGAACUUGUACGGGUCAGAUGCUGUGGAGUACAUUGUCGUAGUCCUGCCCUUGCCUGAAGCACCCAUCCUUCGGGCGACCCCUUACAAAGACUCCAUACUGGUGGAAUGGGAACAGCCGUUUUAUUCUGUCAAUAAUAAGAGUGUGGGGCAGAAGAUUACUUAUAGUCUAACCUGGAAGGAAUCCAACGGUCCCUGGCAGGAGGCCUGGCCAGCCAACAAGCUGCCCAACCUGUCUGGGGUCCAGAAGCAUGCUCUAACAGGUCUGAAGUGCGGCACCAAGUACUCCUUGAGGAUCACCGCCACGAACAAAGUGGGGACGUCGCAGCCAGCGUAUCUGGACGUCAGUACUUUGGGAGGAGGCCCAAUCCCCCCGACCAGUAACGAGUGGCUGUGGAGCAACAGCAGUCAUAUCCAAGUCCAGCUGGCCGGCUGGGACGACGGCGGCUGCGAGCUUAUCUCCUGGGAGGCCGAGUACCGCCCCCUUGGGACCAGGGGGUGGAUACGGGCACAUAACACUUUGGCUUACACCAACCUGCCUUCCUGGGGUCUCCCAAGCCUCUACCAGUCCAAGAGCCCGUCAUACAGGACCGGGUCCUUCGCCAUCGGAGACCUGGCGUCUGGGACCUGGUACCAGGUCCGGAUCACCUCUGUGAACGAGGCUGGAAGUGUUACUACUACGUAUAGUUACGCCACGAAGAAUGAGGAUGGGAGUGAGAUCGGGCCUCCGUCUGAACUCUUCGACCUGAACAUGCUAGUCAUCAUCUGCAGCUCCAUCCUGCUCACGAUAUGCCUGCUGAGCUGUAUCUACAUCCUCGUCAAAAGACAAAGAAGCGGCAACCUCACCGAGUACCGCGACUCUAUAACGGUGGACAACAAGUCUGAGAGCGGCAACUUAACAGCCAACACGUCGCACACCAACCUGGCCAACGCCAAGGAGACGGCUCUCAACGCACAGAACAGAAUAUACAGCGCGCCGCUGCAUUUGAGAAACAAUAGCAAGCAUGAACUGUACGAAAUAAGUCCAUACGCUCAAUUCGCGGUUGGCUUCCGCACCUUUGGGCAUGUGGAAAACCAGGACAUGCCCAGUCGACACAACAAGCACGCGAGAUAUGAUACAGAAACCAGUUUUCAAGUGUGUUCCGAGUCGGAGGACAGUGAUAGUAUCUCUAAGUCUACAUUGAAGAGUGUUCCAAGAAAAGUCUGCAGAACCCCCCACCAUAGGUAACUAGGCAAAGAAGUCUUGGAUUUUUAAAGUCCAAGAGUCAACUUAAUUCAAAUGAGCAUUAGGAUCAAGUUUAUUUGAAGUUUAUAAAAGUUUAACCCCUUCGUUUUGAUUUGAGAACUUUAUAAAUUGUUUAUGCCUUUAGAACCUGUUAUUUUGUAUUUUAGAAUCUUUAGAUAGGACUGUAUAUAAAAUGUAUAUAAUUCUUAACUAGUUCACGGCUGGGCUUUACAUUUAAUAGUUUUUACGCUUAUAAGUACUCACUGCCCUUUGGUGCUUUUUUUUUUACAAAAUUCGAAUGUAUUUUUGAAUCGUUUAUUUUGAGUACAACUUUUACUGGUCAAGUACUUCAUUGCUAAUAUUUUAAUGCCUAUUUAAAAGAUAGAAUACUGUAAGAAUACUGAAACUUUACCCAGCCAAUGUGUCAUUGUAAAUAUCAUAAAUGCACAGGAUGUUUGAAUAAUAAAUAGCUGUAUCCUGUGAGACAACUUUCGCAAAGAUAAAGAUUUACGAUUUCUACCAGCAUAAAAUUCCAUGUUUACAUUAUUUAUGAAAAUAUCUACAGCUGUCUGGUAGCUUUGUAUAGUCUAUGAAUAAAUGACGCUAUAUCCAAAUUGGGCAACAUUUUUCACGGAAAUCGUCAAAUUAUUUUCUCCCAAGAUAUUGCAAUAGUUAAAACAAACACCCUGUAAAAUCCGUCAAGAAAUAAUUCUAUAAUUAUUUCAACUUCAACGUAAUAAUGAUUAUUAUUGUAACACUCAUAAGAGUUAUCAUAGAAUGCGUUAAAAACCCGACUUUUUUCAUGGUUAAAAUUUAAAGACAUUAUUUCUUGACGUAUAUUUCGAACUUUGCCUAGUCAAACUCAUUAUUGUGUAAAACAUUAGUAAUAAUAACUAAUUGUAUGAGAAAUAUUUUGUAAGUUCGUGAAAAGAAAAUGAUAAAAAAUAUCUACAAGAAGACUGAUUAUUCAUCUUAAUGAUUGUUGUUUGAUUUCUAUACAAUUUUGAUCUAGGAUUAAUAUAAAUGUUAGAUAAAUUAUGAGGUCUUUUAUUUCAACUCUUUGGCGAAUAAAUUUUAACCU